CCGACCUGUUGCCUGUCUUGGUCACGCUCCUCAGUUCUGUCAAAUUACCUUCUUUUCCACUCCCAUUCCGCGGAUUUUUGCCAUCUUCUACUUUGACUUCGAUUUUUCUUUCUUCUCGCCAGUAAAUGCAAGCGCGCAUUUGGUAAUGUAUUCCUCGUCGAGCUCCUUUAUGGGCGCCAACAGCGCUCGUCCCGGACAACCUCCUUUCGUGCAACAGCCUCCCUACUCGCCAUUUCCUCCCGGCCAACCACAGCAACCGCAUCAAACUGGCUUUGCUUCUCAACCCACAGGCUAUGGGCCUUCUCAAAUGGGCGGGCUAGGAGGUUCUCAGUUGCAGCCUCAGGCUACAGGAUUUCCCACUGGACAGCUGCAGCCUCAAUUCACAGCCUUUCCAGGAGCAUUAUCCCCAUCGCCUCAAAAUGGCUACCAGGGCUCGGCUCUGCAGCCACAGUAUACAGGCAUUUCCCCCCAGUCGCAGACUACACAAUUCCAGGUUUCAUCAAAUACAGGUCUUCCUCUUCGAGCUACUCCUAGGACAUCAACUGAAAUGGCAGAUUCGUUCCAAGGCAGUACUAAUUUGGGUCCGCCGCCUCCUAAGUCAGUUGGAAAUAAGAUACCCAAUAUCAGAUUGUCCUUUAUCACUGCGCAAGAUCAGGCCAAGUUCGAGCAGCUGUUCAAGUCUGCCGUGGGAAAUAGUCAUACAAUGAGUGGAGAAAAAGCCAAGGAGCUACUACUACGGUCGAAUCUCUCAGGAAGUGAUUUAUCCAGGAUUUGGGUCCUCUCCGAUUCGACUAAGUCGGGUCAAUUGUUCUUCCCUGAGUUCGCCCUUGCUAUGUAUCUAUGCAACCUCAGGAUCACAGGAAGGGAUCUCCCGGACACACUUCCAGAGAAGAUCAAAAACGAAGUUUCCAGCAUGGUUGACAUAAUCUCUUUCCAAGUCCCGGAUACCCAACCGGACCCCGUUGCUAGGACAAAUUUUCCGAAAUUCGAUGGCCCAAUGACGGAGAAUCAAGCUACUACUUCAGCUCCGAAGCAGCCACAACCUCGACAACCAACUAAUGCCCAGCUUUUGACCCAACUCGCGUCGCAGCACACUGGCUUUCCGCAAACGAGCGACUUCCAGCAAAAUCAGUCAUCAUUCUCAGGCCAAAGUGCUCUUCUUCCCCAAGUCACAGGUUUUCCAGGGCAAUCUCGGCAGCAAGCUUUUCAGCAUCAGUCGACGGGAUUCAACCCUCAGCCGACAGGUUUUAGUGGGCCUCGCCCCCCUAUUCCACCGAUUCCUACCGGUCUCGGGUCCAACCUUAGCCCUGCACAAACUGGAGCGGCCGCUGGAUUAGUGGCACAGCCUACUGGCGCCCCUGGACAAUGGGGCUUUGUCAAUGCUCCGUCCUCGGGCUUGCCCAAUAUUGAAGCUCUCAAGCAACAACUCAUGCCCCAGCCUGGGCGUGAAGGAGGAUUUUCCGCCGUUGGCCUUUCCGGCAACGCUCACAUUCCAUGGGCUAUUACUAAAGAGGAAAAGAAAAUAUAUGAUGACCUAUUUCGCGCAUGGGACGGAUUUCACAAAGGAUUUAUUGGCGGCGACACUGCGAUCGAGAUCAUGGGUCAAAGUGGCCUAGAUAGGCAAGAUUUGGAGCGCAUUUGGACGCUGGCUGAUCCUCACAAUAGAGGCCGUCUCAACAUGGACGAAUUUGCUGUCGCAAUGCAUCUGAUCUAUAGGAAGCUCAAUGGGUAUCCCGUGCCUAGCCGCCUACCACCGGAGCUUGUUCCACCCUCUACCAGGAAUCUGAAUGAUUCUAUCGGCACUAUCAAGACCAUGCUUUCUCAGGAUGCAGAAACCCGUAAGGCCUCGGGCGCGUUUCUGCAACCGCAGAAGACUGGGGUAAGCUACCUUAAAGAGCAUUCAUUCCGUGGUGGUGCAGCUUCCCCUAGUGCCGGCCGGAAAGAUGCUACGCUGUUCAAGAAUAAUGAUGACGCAGCGUCCGGUUAUCGCUCCAGCGCUCGUCGUCGUGUAGGUAACAGCGGUAGGACACCGUCUCCCGCUACUUCGCAUGCUUCUGAAGAAGAACUUUCUGUCGACCAACUGAAGAAGAAGCUGCGGGAGACACAGAUCAUGUUAGAUGCCGUGGACUUCCAGGACGAGAAUCAGGCUGAGGAGGAGGAUGCCCUAGAUCGAAGAGACCGGAGAGAGGCGGAAAGCUUGAUGGACCGCAUUCGACGCGUGCAAGACGACAUAGACACCCAUCCUGAUGCUUUCUUACGCAACCUGGAUUCUGGUGCAGAGCGACGGUCAUUACGCCGUCAGUUACAAGCUUAUGAAGACCAGGUUCCGCAAGUUGCAUCAGAGGUCAGAUGCAUCGAACGAGAGAUUGCAGAGGCUCGAUUAGAAUUAUUUCGCCUCAAGGAUGCCAAAGAUCACCCUAACAGCGUCUCCAACAUUGUCGGGACAGGGCCUGGAGGUUCUGUGACUGAGGCUGAUCGUAUCAAGGCACGAGCGCGUGCCAGGAUGCAGGCCCGCGCUGCAGAACUAGCUGGACGGCCAAUUCCGCCAUCUCAGGAUGAUGACGGAGCUACCGCUCGUCGCCUCGAAACAGAAGCUGCCAAGGUCAAGGCCGAGAGAGAGAAAAAUGAGACGAUGACUCGCGAUGUAGAAGAUAGCGUCAAAGAUUUCGCUCAAAGUCUGGAAGACAGUCUCAAAGACGGUUGGGAAAAUUCUACACGUGAGCACGAAAGAAGACGUUGGGAAGAUGCCUUGGGGGUAGAAGAUGUGAUUCGAGACUUCAUUUACGAUCUGAAACGUGGUAGUCGCACUGCGCAUAUUCGCAAGGAAGAGCAAUCCAGGGCAGCCCAUGCCGAUGCUCAGGGGCCCUAUCAGGAUGAGAAAUCGUCCCCCAAUACAGCUGUCGCGCGGUCAUCCCCCAUGUCUACCAGCUCUAUGGGAUCAAUUCCUGGCUCUACCCAUGAGGACAGGGUUGCAGCUGCCAGGGAACGUGCACAGAAACGCAUCGCUGAGCGAAUGGCGGCUGCGGGCUUGAAACCUCAAAACGAUGCCAUAGAAACCCUUACACAGCGCCAGGAUAGAGAGAAGAGGGAACGCGAAGAACGAUUGAAGCGAGCCGAAGAGGAAGACGUCAAGCGUGAACAAGAGAGACAGCGACGUCUAGCCGAAGAGCAGCGAGGACCUACGACACCUUCUAAGUUGGCGGGCAAGAAACCUCCUCCGGCACCACCUUCGAGGAGAGUUCGUACCGAUAGUGCCGGUCAAGCUGAUGCCAAGAAAGCCACAGAUGUAGGAGCUGAAACUGAGCAAUCUACCCGGGAACUAGCCAUCAGAGAGGAGCAGCGUGCACAGGAGGAAGAGACUAUGCGCUUAGAGUCGGAGGCCAGACUCCGCGAGGAACAGUUGAGGAAGGAGAAGGAGGCACAGGAAGCGCGGCUUGCUGCUCUUGAGGAGCAGGUCAGACAAGGUAAGAUCAAGAAGCAAGAAGAGAAGCGAAGAAAGGAAGAGGCAGUUCGUGCGGCGAAGGAACAGGAAGCAAAACUAGCUGCCCAGCGUGCCGAGCUUGAAAUGGCAAGAGAAAGAGAACGGCAGCUUCAAAUGGAGUUGGAAGGCCUUGAUCAGGAGAGUUCUUCAGAUGAAGAUGGCCCUGAAGACGUUGCUCGGGAUACGAUCCCGACGAACAACCAAGUUCUCUCAGUGUCGACCACUGCGCCUCCUGCCUCGGACCCGGUGCCAACGCUACCGACAGAUCCAGUCGUCAGUCCUGGUCACUCCCCUCCUGGUGCUCUCAGCCCCGAAGCCGAAUCCAAGAAUCCCUACUUCAAGAAGAUCGGCCAUAAUUCAGAAACCCUGGUUGCUACUCAGCCGUCGUCUCAUGCUCCUAUAACCUUAUCUUCAAAAACUGAUUCCCAAUCGACGAACCCUUUUCAUCGAUUGGCGCAACAACAAGAGAGUGCUAGGCCGAGUUUCACUGCUCCUGGUCCUCUGGAACGCAAAUCGCGUGCUCGCCCUGAGGCAGAUGAUGACUGGUCAGCAGCCGGAUCAGAUUUCGAUUCCUCUGACGACGACGCCGACGAACGUCCCGGAGGUGGCAGUGCAAAGCAGCUCGCUAGUAUCUUGUUUGGUACAAUGGCUCCUCCGCGGCCUCUCAGUGCCAUGGAUGAGAAGUCCCCGUCCAAAUCGUCUACUCCUGUCAACGGUAGCCCGGCAGCACCAACAGUGCCAUCUACAGAGAAGGAGGAAGCUGUCUCGGGCACUGAGGAAGCGUUCCUGCCACCUCCUCCUCCUCCCCCUCCUCCAGUGCCUAAUGUGAGCGUCGAGCCUCCUGCUCCGCCGCCGCCACCGCCGCCUCCUGCUCCCGGUAUGGCACCUCCUGCUCCACCUCCGGGUAUUCCUCCUCCACCCGCACCAUCAGCGGCACCGGCAGGGCCAAUGGACCGAGGUGCUUUGUUAGCCUCCAUCCAGGCAGGCAAGGGGUUGAGGAAAGUUCAAACCAAUGACCGAAGUACAAGCUCUGCUGCAGGUCGUGUUCUAAACUGAGAUUGUCGUCUUCAUAUCCUUGAAAUGUUUGUCAAAUACCUUGGCCUGUGAAAGAAUAAGUCAGAUAUGUACUUGAAUCACUCUGAAUUGAUGUUCUAUAACACCAUGGAGAAGGAACACAGGAAAACUUCAUUAUGACAUAGUUAAAUUAACAAGGCAUUGGUCUGACUAGGAUACGGACCCUCUGGA